AUGGCGGCGGACAGCGACCUCGGUGCUGAGGCGCUGCCCAACGAGGUAGUCGUGACGGAGAUCCUCGCCCGGCUGCCAGCCAAGUCCGUGGGGCGCUUCCGCUGCGUUUGCCGCGGGUGGUCCGCGAUGCUCUUCUCCGACUACUUCAUCGAUCUCCACCGCCAGCGAGCCAACAGAGUGGACCACCACAGGUUGCUCCUCACCGCAGUUGGGUCCUCCUACGACGGCUACCUGUAUUCAUGGCAGCUCGGCGACGGUGCGGUCGAGAAGCUGAUGCGAGACGAUUGGUUACAGUCAGUCGUGCCUCUCAACAAGCCCUACCGUGGCCCUUGCUCCGGCGGCUACUACGUCGUCAACCCUUGCUCCGGCGAGGCCCUGGCUCUGCCAGACAGCCAGGUGCCUUUUAAGAUGGCAUACAAAACUUCAGGAUGGAGCAGACGAUCCGUGGAGCCACCCUGCUAUCUUAGGGUCUCCUACGGCCUUGGUUACUGCACGACGAGGAAGGAGUACAAAGUCGUGCUCGUGCGCUUGUUCUCCGACCCUGAACCUGGAGAUGGAGGCGGUGGUUUUACGCCCACAACAUGCGAGGUCUUCGUCCUCGGCACAACUGGAACUGGUUACUGGAGGCCUAGUGCUGAGAUAUCUUCCAUGUGCUCCGUGCGCAUGCUUCUCAAGUCACUCUGGAAUGGCGGAUUCAGGGCCCGGGCUGCCAGGGCUGCAGCCCGGGGCAUCAUGUUUGGGACAGGCUCUUGCAAGGUGUUUGCAGUGGACUCCAAUGGCGGUGGCGACCCAGAGAUUCUACCCAUGCCAGAGGAUACCAUCAUUGGCAACUGCGAGGAUGACUAUUUACCGACGAUUGAUCUAUAUGAGGAGAGUCUUGUGUCCCUGGGCCGCACAAUUGAGGACAUGAUCUUCUCAUCGCCAACAACCGCAGCUUGGUUCAACAUCCUCAAGUGGCUGCCAGCACGCUCCCUUUCAGAGCUGAGAAUGCCUUGCCACGGCCUUCAUGUGGGGAGUUGGUCUGGCACGGAUUUCAUAAGCAAUCCUAUCAUGAUGUACCGUCAGCCCACAACAUUUGAUGAUAGCGACGACAUGUUCUUUGCUGGUCGUAUUGGGCUGGGUUACAACAUAGAGGUUGACGAGCAUGUCUUGGUGCAUAUCAACUACAAAGAGAAGAACCUAGAAACGAGAUCUUACGAGCUGUAUGAAGCAUGCCAGAGCAGGAACACGAUCGAUAUAUGGAUGAUGAAAGAGGCUGGCAUCUGGUUAAUGGAGUAUCAUAUAGUGCUUGACGAAUUACCAGAGAAGGCUGCACCAUUGGCUGUUGUUGACCCAACAGAUGGAUGGAUUUUGCUCAACACAGGUUUGUCAUUGGAAUACUAUGACCCCAAGACAGCAGCGUUUGAGACCCUCGUCAUCAUAGAAGGCAUCCCAGAUUACCCUGACUAUUGUCUGCCAUGA